AUGGCAAACGGGCGACCAACUCGGAACCGACUGCGAAGCUAUGAGCAAGUGAUCGGCCGCGACGGACAUCCUAUCACUCCGCGCUGCAUUUACUUCGCAACGCGCUGCAACACCUUCGGUCGCUGGGCUCUCAAUUGGUGGAAAAUCGAUCGCAAGAUGGAACAAAAAGCUGCGGAGCGAGCGCGCUUCCCUUCCCGAGGAGCCUGGCGUCGGCACGGAGCCGCAGCGGGAACAAUUUCCGGGGGACGAAGAUGGGUCCCUUCAACUCGACUUCUGGGCGGAUAG